CUUUCUUCUCUCUGAAAUCGAUAAAGAUAUAUUUAAAUAAAAAAAAUUGACCAGUCAGAAAAGGCCUGGCAUCCCUGCAGCUCUUGUGCACUGCAGGUGUGUUUUAAAAACCUAACAUGGAAAUGUAGGACGAUACAGUGGAUCAGUGCCUGGCAUCCAUCUUUAACAGUGAUCUCCAUUUUCUGCAGGCAAGUUUUGUUUUUUCAGAAAUCUAAUGGGAGCUUUAUGUUUACCUGCAGUAAGCCUGUAGGGUGUGUAAGUUACUGUCUCGUGAUGUAUAGCAAUAAGCAUUUAAGAUCAGGCUUGCAGGUCUGUGGUCAGUAAGGAUGACUUUGUUUUGCUCUUCAGAUGGCGAUGGCAGGAUGCAAGAGGCAAGCAGAAGUGUGACGGUCCUCUCUAGGUCUAGAGGUCUGAAGUCCACAGCCUCUCGCCUCCAGCAUCAGCAAUUCUCUGUCCUGUGAUCAAUGUGAGUCACAGGCACUCCUUCAGUAGCAAACGAAAUGAGCCCUGGGCGUGGAAAAUAUGACUUCUAUAUUGGUCUGGGCUUGGCUAUGAGCUCCAGCAUUUUCAUCGGAGGGAGUUUCAUCUUGAAAAAGAAAGGCCUUCUGCGACUUGCCCGGAAAGGCUCCAUGCGAGCAGGCCAGGGCGGCCAUGCGUACCUGAAGGAGUGGCUGUGGUGGGCCGGACUGCUCUCAAUGGGAGCCGGUGAGGUGGCCAACUUUGCUGCUUAUGCCUUUGCCCCAGCCACCCUCGUGACCCCCUUAGGAGCGCUCAGCGUCCUUGUCAGUGCCAUUCUUUCUUCAUACUUUCUCAAUGAAAGACUGAACCUUCAUGGGAAAAUAGGGUGUUUGCUGAGCAUCCUAGGCUCCACGGUCAUGGUCAUCCAUGCUCCGAAGGAGGAGGAGAUUGAGACCUUACGUGAGAUGUCUCACAAACUCGGGGAUCCAGGUUUUGUGAUCUUUGCGACACUUGUGGUCAUUGUGUCCUUGAUACUAAUCUUUGUGGUGGGACCGCGCCAUGGACAGACGAACAUCCUCGUGUACAUCACAAUCUGCUCCGUGAUCGGAGCGUUUUCGGUCUCCUGUGUGAAGGGCUUGGGCAUCGCUAUCAAGGAGCUGUUUGCUGGCAAGCCUGUGCUGCAGCACCCCCUGGCCUGGGCCUUGCUGCUGAGCCUCAUCGUGUGCGUGAGCACGCAGAUCAACUACCUGAACAGGGCCCUGGACAUCUUCAACACCUCCCUCGUGACCCCCAUCUACUACGUUGCUUUCACAACGUCUGUGCUAACCUGUUCAGCCAUCCUCUUCAAGGAGUGGCAGGACAUGCCCGUCGAUGACAUCAUCGGCACCCUGAGCGGCUUCUGCACCAUCAUUGUGGGCAUCUUCCUGCUGCACGCCUUCAAAGACGUCAGCUUCAGCCUCGCCAGUCUUCCCGUGUCUUUUCGAAAAGAUGAGAAAGCAGCGAACGGCAAUCUCACUGACAUGUACGAAGUUCUUAGUAACAGUGAAGAAAGUUUAACCUGUGGGAUUGAGCAGCACACGGGGGAGAACAUUUCCCGGAGAAACGGAAAUCUUACAGCCUUUUAAGAAAGUGAUCAGAGCUUACCCGUAAUUAUUGUUAUAAAGUGAAUUUGAGUGUUGGAAUAUGUCUGAAAAAGCAUUAUCUCAAACAAUGUUCUCUAGAGACAAUCUUUUUUUAAGAUUUAACUAAUUUGGACCAAGAAAUUACUUUUCUUAUAUUUAAAUGAUGGUAGCUCACUAAAAUGACCUCAGUACCUGGCCAAUUUUUGUUAACAUUGUGUUACUAUAGUGGUAUUUAAAUUUUUCUUUCACAGAAUCUGAAUGCACUAAUGACAGUUUUAAGUCUAUAAAAUGCUUUAUUUUUUCAUCAGUGAUGAAAGUGCGACGUGUCCAUUUGUCAUUCCCACUCGCAGUCCCUGAGCCUUAAGGCUUUUUGAUUUAAAAAAGAACUUAUCCCAAUACAUUGCCCUGUGCUUUCCCUUACCUACAAAAAUGACUCUUGUUUGAUGAGUCAUCUUAAUUUUGAAAUGUUGAAGAGAAUCCUAAGUUACUAGGAAAGUACCCCACGGAGUACUUCUCCGGUGACUUGUCCCAGCACAGAGACAGCCCUCCUGGACCCGCGCGUCCUUGUCUGUCCUGCUGCCUGGCGGUUCUGUCCUUCAGUUCUCUGAUCCCUUGGUACCCGGACCUUGACGACCAUUUCACAUCCGCUCUUGUACUUUCCAAUAUAUUUUCAUAAUGAGUUAUAUAUAUUGUCAUUUAGAUCUUCUAACAACUCUGGGAAGUAAAGUCAGAAGACUAAGGUAAUUUUUAAAAUUUAGCUCAUGUUAUAAUAAAACAAAUUGAAACAAA